CCCCAGCCACACCACAGUUGCCUCCAUUCCGUCUCUUAGGCGGGCGUCUGAACAGCUGCAAACCUUCCCGCAAAGGCCUGCACGCAUUCCUAGGCAAACACUCCGAAGGGGUGAUUUAAAGGAGCCUGAGUCUGCACUCCCAGGAAGGUGCCGGUUCCUUUCUGUCAUUUCAUCUCUGCCCUGAACCCUGCCCCUGGCUCUGUCGCAGGACAGAGCCACCAGGAAGUGAGGCUAGGAAAGGCGCCCUCCCGCCUGCGAUUCCCCCGGUUCUGCUGCCGCCAACCGCAGAGUCACCGCUCGCCACCCGCGGGCGCUUGCCGUCGCCGCCGCCUCCGGAUUCCAGAGGCGGAGAGCCCGGGCGCAGAGCAGACAUGGACGUGAACCUCGCCCCGCUCCGAGCCUGGGACGACUUCUUCCCGGGCUCCGACCGCUUCGCCCGGCCGGACUUCAGGGACAUUUCCAAAUGGAACAACCGCGUGGUGAGCAACCUGCUCUACUACCAGACCAACUACCUGGUGGUGGCUGCCAUGAUGAUUUCAGUGGUGGGGUUCCUGAGCCCCUUCAACAUGAUCCUUGGGGGGAUUGUGGUGGUGCUCGUGUUCACAGGAUUUGUGUGGGCCGCCCACAAUAAAGACGUCCUCCGCCGGAUGAAGAAGCGGUACCCCACGACCUUUGUCAUGGUGGUCAUGGUGGCGAGCUACUUCCUCAUCUCCAUGUUCGGGGGGGUCAUGGUCUUCGUGUUCGGCAUCACUUUCCCUUUGUUGUUGAUGUUCAUCCAUGCCUCGCUCAGGCUUCGCAACCUCAAGAACAAGCUGGAGAAUAAGAUGGAGGGAAUCGGCCUGAAGAGGACGCCCAUGGGCAUCGUGCUGGACGCCCUGGAGCAGCAGGAAGAAAGCCUGGGCAAGCUCACUGACUAUCUCAGCAAAGCGAAGGAGUGAACCGGCGGCCGGGCGAGGGCUGCCGCAGAGCGCCAGGUGCAGCUGCCUCGUCCAGACCCACUUUCUGUUUGUAUCUUUGAGAUGAGGGGGGACAUUCCACCCAGCAAUUGGCCCGCAUGCAUCUGCAGGCCAAACUGUUAACGCCUCUGUUGUUACAAGACAGAGGGCCCAGGAACCGAAAGGAACCCCCUCCCAGUCUGUCUGAACUUUCAACUAUGUUUAUGAAAACUGAUAGGAAAUGGAGCACACUUAUGUCUGUAGGGGAAUAAAAGAAAAUAUAGGAAUUGAUUGUACAGCCACAAUACAGUUAUAGGAAAAAAAAGCAACUGUAGAGUUCAAGGCAAUGAGUAAAUGGAAAGACUGAUCACGUAGAUAAUGACAUGCAUUAGCCUGUUCAAUCCCCCAGCAUCCUCCAAAUGUAUUCCCCAGGAUUAUAUGUGGGCUAUAACUUAGUUUAGUGUUUAUUGUUUUAAAAUAAAAAAAUGAUCUCUAUCCCUUUGCCUCCUGUUUGACAUGCAGAGGAAACUGGACAAACCAGUUGUUUAUAUUUUGUUUACAAAUAUAUAGAUAGAUGUUUCGGAGAAUAUUUUGUCGAAUUUUUGUAAUUUUUGAAGUGCUAGUCAUGUGUUUUUACCAGCAGGCAUUUGCUGCAAACUGAAUGUCAUCUUCCUUAAGGCACUCACAGCUGUGUACCCUGUCUUCUUCUUUAAAAAGUAAUAAACAAGUUAUGUCUCUAUCCCACGUUUUUUGUUGUUAUAACAACAGAAAGGUGUCUGAGAUAACGUUUCCUAUAUUUUUUCAUUUUCAGUUUUAAAAUGAAUGUGUGUUUUAAUUUCUCAGGGGCACAGCGAGGACACGAAUAGCUGGUUGUUUGAAAUCUGAAAAGCAUCUUUAGAUGAUCAAGGAAAAGACUUUAAAAUGGGAAUGAAAGUGGUGUGAUCACCAGCAUUGGCAGUUCAUAGAAACGUUAAGCAGCAAUUGUUACAACCAUGUGUUUGAUAGAUAGACAUGAAUUAAGAUAGCAUGUGUUCAUAUAUUGUGACUUUCUUCCUCUCCUUCCCCAUGUGUUAUGUUUAGAAAUAGAUUAUACAAAGUGAUUUCAUAGGGGAAUAGGACACAUUUUGGUUUCCCUCCGGCUGAAUCGGGAAGACAGUGGAGCAGCACUCCGUGAGGGGGCGCGGUGUGUCCCAGAGUAAGAGGCCACCGCAUUUUAAUUUCUCAGCCAGCCUGCAGCCUUCAUCUUUAGCACAGUGACGUCAUCACGACUUCACAGACAUGGUCUAGGAAUUGUACCCUGACGUGAAUAUGAAGAAUAAAAUGUUUCAAAGGUU